AUGAGUGUGUUCAAUGCCACUGUAUUUGCUUUGCAAUAUGGCCUUCCGCUGCUAUCUUAUGCUAGAGUAGCACUUCAGGUCGUGAAUGAGAAUGCGACAAAUACUUUUCUCCAUAACACACAACUUUCAACAGCUGCAAGUACAACAGUAGUUUUACCGAACGUCGACACUCUAUACUCUUCAGCAGCGUACGACUUGUCAGAGAACAAUGUCCAGAUCACCGUACCAAGUAUUGAGCCUGACCGAUAUUGGAGCGUCGCUUUUUACGAUCCCUUUGGGAAUAACUAUGCGACACCUGGCAGUGUCAAUAACAACACUGGCGGAACAUAUCUCCUCAGCUACGUACCUAAUGCGGCUUGGGGCUUCCAUCCAUACACCCCAGAGAGUGGUUCGAAUCCAUAUAAAGGUCUGAUCAACUCACCAACCAUUGAUGGCACAAUUCUUGCGAGAAUUCUCGUCAAGAAUAACUCUUCAGACCUCGCUUACGUCCAAUCUCUCACGAAUGCAACGACAAUGAAACCGGUUCCUCGUCUGACCGGGACCAGCUCUAAUUGUACAAAUACGAAUAAUACACUCCUUGCGAAUACUCCGAUCAUUACGAACAGCACAAUGUUUACCAACGAUACCCUCAUUGCGAACAUUACGACUUGCGACAAUAAUACGAAUGCUUUUUCCACACCUUCACUGACGAAAGCCAACUUGGCACCGUAUACAUCCACGAACAAUACAGCACUUGCAACAUUACAACUACUCGCUAACUUCUUCAAUUCUAACCCACCUUUCGACAUCUCUGCCGCUUCGGUAGAGAGCCUGCUCUCCAAUCUCAUGACCGCAGGAGUCUACGACCACGCGUACCGUGAACCACCAGGACUGAACCUCACCGAAGCAUACGAAACUGCUAUUUCGAACAUCUCGGCUUCAUACUCUGACUACUUUGAGCCAUUGAACAACAACUGGCUGCACAAUGUUCAAGCCGGCUCGUUCGGGGACCAAUAUCUAGAUCGGGCACUUACCGGCAUGACUGCAUACCUGGAGCAAACACCAGACCAAGCACUCUAUCCCAUGCUCCAGAAUCGAGCUUUGCUGUUGAAUAACGGUGAAGCGUAUACUUUCACAUUCUCUGGCAAGCCUCCUGUGGCAAGUGAUGGAUUUUGGAGUUUGACUUUAUAUAAUUCUCAGGGAUAUCUCGUUGAGAAUUCGUUGAACAAAUACUCGGUCGGCGAUAGGAGUAACAUUACAUAUCCAGAUGGGACGCAAGCCUAUGGGAGUAGUGCAACAAGGAAAGAUGGGAAGUUUCAGGUUCUGAUUCAAGCGGAGAAUAUGCCUCCUCCGCGGAAUUGGACUAACAAUUGGCUACCAAGUCCCGCGAAUGGUACUUUCUCUGUGGCUUUGCGCUUCUUCGCACCUAAGAAUGCGAGUACGGAUGGAUCGUAUCAAUAUCCAGUUAUUUCCAAGGGAAGAGCAAUUGUAUCCUAA